ACAACUGAACCUUGUAAGACAGGAAGCCCAGUUUAAGUACUGUGGAUCUCACUCCACUUUUCCAGCCUUGCCAGCAGAGCAAGAAGAUGCUGGUAAUGUUGCUGGGUUGGGUGAUUCAGUGUACCCUCUAGAGAGAGGCUUUGGCCUGGGUCAGAGGGAGCACCAUGAGUCUCUCAGGCUGGUCCAUUGACUUCAAGGAUUGCCAAGACCAUUGCUUAGAGUCAGGAAAAACACUUCCUGGUCCUGGUAGACUCAUACCUUCUCCCACCCAUAGACCCCAGACUAAGCCAGGAGCCAAUUCCUGCUACAGAGAGAAGUGAACAGGAAAUGUCUUCAUCACGGCUAGGCAGAAUUGCAGCUCUGGAGGGCCAACUACACCAGACUGAGCAGUGUGAGCCUCAACAUCAGAUAACAACAGACAGAAUCCACAAGGAUUCCCAGAAAGAGUGACUUUGAGCAAAGACCACACAUACCGCCCUUGGCUGUAUAGCACUCCUUCCAGAGAGCAUUCCCAGCAGGGCCACGGCACUGGAUGAAGUGGAGCAGUGCGGACCACACCUACAGUAGCUUGUCACCAGGACCUUGCAUACCUCCCUCCCACACAUCAUCCAGACCUGAUCUUCAUAAACAUUGGUUGACCGUACUCUCUCCAUUGAAACCUUUCAAGGCCCCUUCAUUCUUCUUAAGAGGGAUAACCAAUUGGCUGAUAAAGUAACAAAUGAAAAGUAACCCGACUCCAUUGGCCUGCGCAACCCGGCGGCAAGGAUGGAAAGGAGUGGGUCUUAGCUCUGCCACAGCGGGACGGCUAUGGAGUAGAGCUCCUUUCCUGCUGCUGCUGCUGCUGCUGCUGCUGCUGCCGGCUCUCUGCACACCUGUUUCCAGACCCGGCGAAAACAGCACGUUCUUCCUGUCGGAGGACAGAAUUGGAGUCAUAGGAACAGCUUGAGAAAUGGAGUGUAACAUACCCAACCAGAGACAGCGGACGAUGUCAACAACAGGAGUAACUCUCUACGAAAUUCUUGGCCUGCAUAAGGGAGCAUCGUGUGAAGAAAUUAAGAAAACCUACAGAAAAUUAGCCCUGAAAUACCAUCCAGACAAGAAUCCAGAUGACCCAUCUGCUGCUGAGAAGUUUAAAGAAAUCAACAAUGCCCACACAAUCCUCACCGACGUGUCAAAGAGAAACAUCUAUGACAAGUAUGGAUCGCUGGGACUCUAUGUGGCUGAGCAAUUUGGAGAUGAAAACGUUAACACAUACUUCAUGCUGUCAAGCUGGUGGGCAAAGACCCUGUUCAUCAUCAUCGGCCUCUUAACAGGCUGCUACUUCUGCUGCUGCCUUUGCUGCUGCUGCAACUGCUGCUGUGGACGAUGUCGGCCCAAGUCAUCGGCAGCAGAAGAGGACUUCUACGUGUCACCAGAGGACCUUGAGGAACAAAUCAAGACUGACAUGGAAAAAGAUACGGACUUUCCAGUUGUUCUCCAGCCUACAAAUGCAAAUGAGAAAACACAGCUAAUCAGAGAAGGAGCUCGAAGUUAUUGUACAGACUCUUGAUGUUGGGCCCAUGGAGGGUUCACAGCUCCUCUUCUCAGUUCAGCCAUGUCUCUGGGUGGUCACAGGGGAGGUGGGAACAUGAAAUGCUGUGAACAUAUUCACAUUUGUAUUUUAUUUUUAGGUUAAGGGGAAGAUGAUUGCUACAUAAUUUUCUCAGACUUUCUCUUUGAGUAGAAUUCCUAAUGAAAAGCAUUCAGUUUGAUGAAUAAAGGCCUGAAGAGUUCUUUUA